AUGAAGCAGCAAAGACCUUAUUUUGUGUGCAAGAAGUGCGGCCCAGAGUCAUGGAUUUUCUGUGACAGAGCUGCCAAAGCUGAAACCUGCCACCUGUGCGGUGGUCGCUGGCCGAAGUACAAGGAGCAGCCUAGCUCCAAACCUGAGCGGGUCUGGCGAUCCCAACAAGCUGUGCAGCCGAAAGGUUUUCGUCAGGACGGCAAGAUCCACAAAGCGUUGCAUUCUCUUUGGGAGAAGUUUACGCCGGAAGUUCAGCAGGGUCUGGUUGCUGCUGGAUGGAAGCCCAAAGCUGAGCCGAAGCUUGAGGCUCCCCCUGGCCUGCCCAGGUUAGGGGCGGGAGGGCACAUAGGAAAGGGCAAAGGCAAAGGGAAGCAGAGUGAGCCGGCAGAGCAUGACUCAGCUCAUCAGGCCUUGUGGGAAUCGGCAAGCUCGGAGCAGCGAGCAUGGCUUCAUCAGCUCGGCUUUCAGUGCCCCAGCCCGUCGGAGCCCUCAGAUUUGAAGACACUGAUCAACGCGCACAUGGACCAGCUCCCGGAGACGCUUAGGCAAGCAAUAGCCAGUCUUGAGCCGCCAGAGCCGGAACCUUCGGCCACAGAGCAAGUUUUGUCAGCCACGAAGAAAUUCAAGGCAAGCACGAAUGAGCUUCGUCAACUCAUUCAGAAAUCUGCAGGCUUGCAGGUCAAAAUCGACCGUGCCAAAGCCACGUAUGCAGAUCUGCUGGACCAAAUGAAGGCUGUCCAGACUGAAUUGGCUGAUAAGCAGUUGGCGGUCACCAAACUCCAAAAGGAACUGGAGUCCAAGGUCCAAUCUGGAGCCGGGUAG